AUGCAGCCAUUGCCGAAGAAUUGGGGCUUGGCCGGACUACGUCUAGGAACGACGUGCAACUAUGACUGUGAUCGUGAGAAACCCGGCAUUAAGGCAGGUGCAGUGGAGGCUUUGAGGCGACGAGUGGAGACCCUCGAGGACACUGUCUUCCAACUGGGUAAAACCGGAACCAAUGAGACUAUCCAGAGUGCAAAUGAACCGAGUUCAUUGGCCUCUGCGCUAUGUGAAGGGCUAGAAUUACUUCUUGAAAAAAUACAGUCCAACCCUCCACAGAAAAGACCGUGGUCCGAAGUGGUCGACGAGCCCCUUGAGGAGGAUGUAAAUUACGAGGAUGAACCACUACCACAGCCGCAGCCUUUGUCCGCGACCUCGAAAAAACGCAGGCGUGGAAAUGACAGGCGAGUCAUCGAGCCAGAUGACCUUGCAGGUCCUUCGUCCACAUUACCGCCACCAGAGGUCCUGGAGGUUGUUGUUGAUCUCUUCUUUGAUCUGGUGCAGCCAUGGGUGCCAAUCUUUCAUGAGAAGAGAUUUCGUCGGCGACUGGAGAAUCCAGACUCUAGGCCUGCCUUAGAAGUCGUACUUCACGCGAUGGUUGUUGCAUUGCUCAAGCAUGUAUAUCCCCGAGAGCUCAUAGCCCAUUUAGGUGACAUAGAGAGCAUCUGUGAGCGAUCUCGGAAGGUCGUUGUCUUGACCGCUAUGGAUGAUUUAUAUGUUGAGAAUCUACAGGCACUUAUUAUCAUUUGCUUUGAAGAUAUCGGGUCCGGUAGACUUUCACGCGCGUGGCCCAUUGUCGGUUCACUAACAAGAACGGUGGAAUAUCUACAAUUGAGCGUCGAAACAGAAAACCAUGAUAAAGAUCCAGUACUGCAGCCUCGGCCAUCUCUUCCCCAAGCCAAAGAUUGGGUCGAGGAGGAAGAGAGGCGACGCGUGUUUUGGACCAUUUUUAACCUGGACAGAUUUUGUUCAGUUACGACUGGAUGGAACACUAGCUUAACAUCGAACGAUGUUCACCGGCGCCUCCCCGCAGAUGGAGGCUUAUGGCAUAACGAGGAAGCAGUCACUACACCAUUCUUUGGCAUUUGGGACCGGUCGGCAGGAAAGAUCGGAAGGCUCAUCGCUUUUCUCCCCACCGACUAUAAUGCUACCGAACCUUCGAACAACGGAUUCCCUUCCACACAGGGAAACAACUAUCUUCCGACGACAUCGGAGGAAAAGGUUGACAUGUCAACAGUUGGCGCAUUUGCCUACCGGGUGGAAGCCACCGAGUCGCUGAGUAGAGUGACGACCUUUUUCCUGCAGCAAAAGAUCAAUUAUCGUGACCGACAGGAAAUGGGUAGCUGGCUCAUGCGGUUUAAGGAGCUAGAUUUACGUCUGGUGAGGACAAACAACAGUUGGAAAAUGUUUUUGCCCCAAAAGUGGAAAGAGGCAAAUAUAUCUCGUCAGCCGGCUGUGGUGACGAUGGAUCCGAACCUGACGCUGGCACACAUCACCCACAACACAUCUAUGAUUCUCCUUCACCAAAGAAUUGCCUAUCCUCCCUUGGAAUGGCUGGAAGUGGUCAAACUCCCAAUCCUGUCCAGCGCCGAAACCUGCGAAACAGCUGCCAGUGAGACAGCCAACAUCACCCAGAAAUUCCUUGACAACUCGCCCCCGCGGAGUAUUGUAGAUAAUCAGUUCGCCUUUUGCGUUUUUGUCAGCGCAAGAGUUCUUCUAGUGCACUGGCGUUACUAUAAAACACAGGAGCUUCCUUCCGAUUACGGGACACUCAUGAAAUUCCUCGACAUCAUGUCAACUCGAUGGUCGAGUCAGAAUCGGGAGUCAACCACCUGUCGCAAAAACUCGGCAGCCAAAUAUUUCAGCCAGCUUAAUGACAUAUACGACAAAUGUCAAAACGACACAACAUUCAAGCUCGAUGUCUUAGGUUACUCCAAUGAGAUUGAAUGGACUGGCCCUCCUCUGAGCCAACCGAGGGAUAGAACCCAGGUAUCUGUGUCUCACAUUGAGGGCACUGUUAGUGAAUCCCAUGAUCCAGCUAGACCUUUGCCCUCUCACGGACCAAACCUUCAGCUUUCUCCACAACAUUCCGCAAACAUGACGUCUUGCGGUGGUGACGCCUCAACUGGUGGCUUUUCUCACUACCCUCAUUCCAUUAGCAGCCGGAGACCAGAUAUACUGAAUCCAGUCGACAUCGAUCCUGAGAAUGGACAGCAUCAUCAAAUGGCAUCAACCUCUGUUCCUGCCCACUUGAGCUACAAUACAGGAAGCCCAGACGAAUUGACCGCAGUCACAUCAAUUUUGCUAGACCAGCAGUAUUCGGAGAUGGACCGGAUCAUCAGUCUAAACAACGCAUACUUUGCGUCUGAUGUAGCUUAUACUCAGUAA